UCCUCGAGUCGCCCCUCACUUCAUUCCCCCCCCCCCCCUUUUGGUGAUUGGCGUAUUCUGAACGCAAUCAGAACUCGAGAUGGAGACGGUCGGGGGGCGGCUGACCAAUGAGGCAGUGAGGGGCGGGCACAGCUGCAAGGCGGAGUUGUCUGUUGUUGCAGUGCUCCAGCUCUGCGGAUGCGCGUCUGAGUCGAGGCUCAGUGCGAGCAGGGGGAGCCGGACGGCAGUAGUCCUUGAUUCACGAAGCGCAUCCGUCGCAGGGGUCGCCUAGUCACGAAAUGGCCGGCAGGCGGAACCACGCCAAGGACCAGCUGAAGCAAUGGCAGGAUCAGCGAGGCCUUCAGAAACCAGAUGCCUUGACCACUGGAGCCGGGAUCCCAGUAGGCGAUAAACUUAACAUCAUGACAGUAGGGCCACGUGGCCCUCUUCUUGUUCAGGAUGUUGUUUUCACUGAUGAGAUGGCUCAUUUUGACAGAGAGAGGAUUCCUGAGAGAGUUGUGCAUGCCAAAGGAGCAGGCGCUUUUGGCUAUUUUGAAGUGACACAUGAUAUCACCAAAUAUUGUAAGGCAAAGGUAUUUGAACACAUUGGAAAAAGAACACCAAUAGCCAUUCGAUUCUCCACUGUUGCUGGAGAGUCUGGUUCGGCUGACACAGUUCGUGACCCUCGAGGCUUUGCAAUGAAAUUCUACACAGAAGAGGGUAACUGGGAUCUUGUAGGCAACAACACUCCCAUUUUCUUUAUCCGUGAUGCCAUGCUGUUUCCAUCCUUUAUACAUAGCCAAAAGAGGAACCCUCAGACUCAUCUGAAGGAUCCAGACAUGGUGUGGGACUUCUGGAGCCUUCGUCCUGAAUCUCUGCACCAGGUAUCUAUCUUGUUCAGUGAUCGUGGUAUUCCAGAUGGACACCGUCAUAUGCAUGGAUUCGGAUCCCAUACCUUUAAACUGAUUAAUGCUCAAGGAAAAGCUGUUUACUGCAAAUUUCAUGCUAAGACUGAUCAAGGCAUCAAAAACCUUUCUGUCGAAGAAGCAGGAAGACUGGCUUCCACUGAUCCUGACUAUGGAUUGCGUGACCUUUACAAUGCUAUUGCCAAUGGAAACUGUCCAUCCUGGACUUUCUACAUUCAGGUUAUGACAUUUGAAGAAGCAGAGAAGUUCCCGUUUAAUCCUUUUGAUGUAACUAAGGUUUGGCCUCACAAAUGCUAUCCUCUAAUUCCUGUGGGCAAACUUGUCUUGAACAGGAACCCUGUCAAUUAUUUUGCAGAGGUAGAACAAAUAGCCUUUGACCCAAGCAACAUGCCACCAGGCAUUGAACCUAGCCCUGAUAAAAUGUUACAGGGUCGUCUUUUCUCAUAUCCUGAUACUCACCGACACCGUUUAGGACCGAACUACCUACAAAUACCUGUGAAUUGUCCCUAUAGGACUCGUGUGGCCAACUAUCAGAGAGAUGGACCUAUGUGUGUGUUUGACAACCAAGGUGGUGCCCCAAAUUAUUAUCCAAACAGUUUUACUGGUCCUGAAGAUCAGCCCAAUUUGAAGGAGAGCCGCAUGUCUGUCGCAUGCUGUGAUGUGCAGCGCUUCAAUAGUGGAAAUGAGGAUAAUGUGUCUCAGGUGAGAGACUUCUAUACCAAAGUGCUGAAAGAAGAUGAACGCCAAAGACUGUGUGAGAACAUUGCUAGCCAUCUUAAAGAUGCUCAGCAUUUCAUCCAGAAGAAAGCUGUGAAAAACUUCACUGAUGUUCAUCCUGACUAUGGUGCCCGUAUUCAAGCUCUGCUGGACAAAUACAAUGCUGAAGCUGGCAAACAGGAUAUGAUUAGAACGUAUACACGAUCUACAUCUCGCAUGUCUGCAAAGGAACGAUCUAACCUGUAAACUGUGUGCUACAUGCAGUUGGUCCGUCCAUGGAUUUUACAUCCACCUAACUGGAGAAUAAGCUGUCAGACAGUAACAAAUGUAGCAGAUGUCCGCACAAGAUAUAAAUAAUACGUGUCUAUUCUUAUGUCUGCAAUCAAAAGUGAUUGACUCUGAUAAUCUAGUACCUUGUAACACCAGUAUUCUAGGCUGGUAAUGAUUUUAUGCAAAUCUCUUUUUAAGGCUAAAAAUUAUUUUUGUUUAGUUUUGGAAAUUAAACUCAGAAUACUUAAAUGAAAAAAUUGUGUUUCAAUUGGUUUUUGAGGUAAGGUCCCAAAUUUCUGGCUAAACAACUGAAAACAACUUACAUAAAUACUGUGAUUAUCAAUGUAGGUGAACUAAUUUGGUGUUCAUGUUGAUAGAACUUCACCUGAUUUUGUCAAAAAUAAAUUGCCCAGUAUGUGGGCAUUACAGUACUUUAAAAAUAAAUAAAUAAAUUGCAAGUAGUAAAGGAAUCCAUAUACAUACAGUAACUUUCUUGCUUAACUCUAGUUUCCUGUAGUACAAUGUAUCUGAUAGUAGUUAAUUCAUAUCCAGGUGGAAUAACAACUGAAGGCUAAAAUUGGUUUUGUUUACUUAUGGAAGAUACUGGGUUGGGUAUAUUUUAUGCAAGGGAGGUAGUGAUGAAAAUAGUAAUUUAGUUUCUAAUCAUUUACGGUUUAGAUUUUACAAUAAAAUUGCUUGCAGUUAACCAAA